GCACACAUAGCCUACCCUCGGCGGUAGGCGGGUAAUUGUGCUAUUGGUCGGAGCCCUAACCCUAGGGCGAGGAGGAGGAGGGGGAGGAGGAGGAGGAGGAGGGGCUGGAGGGUUUGGUUGAGCUGCAGCUGUUUGUCUGUUCGAAACAGGAUUGGGCCCGACGGGGGAGACUGAGCCCCAGGACUGUUGAAGUCUGGAAGUCCCCUCCCCUCCCCCUCCCCCCUUUGCCGCUUUGUGGCACCCCCCCCUCCCUCCACCCUUUCCCACUCUCAUCAUCUGGCCAUGACGAGCAGAAGCACGGCCAGGCCCAAUGGGCAGCCCCAAGCCAGCAAGAUAUGCCAAUUCAAAUUGGUCUUGCUAGGGGAAUCUGCGGUGGGAAAGUCUAGCCUGGUAUUACGUUUUGUCAAAGGGCAGUUCCAUGAGUAUCAGGAAAGUACCAUUGGAGCGGCCUUCCUUACCCAGUCAGUUUGUCUAGAUGAUACAACAGUCAAGUUUGAGAUCUGGGACACAGCUGGGCAAGAACGAUACCACAGUUUAGCCCCCAUGUACUACAGGGGUGCCCAAGCUGCAAUCGUGGUUUAUGAUAUUACUAAUCAGGAAACCUUUGCUCGUGCAAAGACAUGGGUGAAGGAACUACAGCGGCAAGCCAGUCCCAGCAUUGUCAUUGCCCUGGCAGGGAACAAAGCUGACCUAGCCAACAAGCGCAUGGUGGAAUAUGAAGAGGCCCAAGCAUAUGCAGAUGACAACAGCUUAUUGUUUAUGGAGACUUCAGCCAAGACAGCUAUGAACGUGAAUGAUCUCUUCCUGGCAAUAGCUAAGAAGUUGCCAAAGAGUGAACCCCAGAAUCUGGGGGGUGCAGCAGGCCGAAGCCGAGGUGUGGAUCUCCAUGAGCAGUCCCAGCAGAACAAGAGCCAGUGUUGUAGCAACUGAGGGGAUGGCUAGCAGCAAACAAGUAUGGAGCUAGCACGAGAGCUAAGAAAUAACCUCUGUCCCCAACCCUCAGCACACAGCCCCUAUGGUAACAGCACACUGAGCCCUGGCUCCCAAGGGCUGCCUCCUGACAGCUCCGUCAUGGCACUUUUUAACGCUUCAGCAACCAACACCAGGCAGCUGUUGCCACUGGCCUCCUACUCUCUACUUGAGGGCUUGGGGGUCAAAUUUCCCCAGGACUUACCUUCACUUUGUAUUAUAGGUGCAAGACAGUGACCUACUUAUCUUUGUUCUUCCUCCCCUGUGUUCUUCCCCAUUUUUUCAUAAAACAUUUUUGUCUCCUUCCCCUCCCCCUUUCUGCUUUUGAUCAAUUCUUGUUCUUAUUCCUCUUUUCCUCCUCUCCCAGGAUGGAGAAGGUGGUGAACCCAGAAACUGAGAAGAGAGGUUUCUAGUUCAAUACAUUGCAGGCCCUGGGGAAGAAUAAGGCUCAGAGCAGGAGGAAGGGAAGUUCCUUUUUGUUUUUAUUUGAUUGGAGUCUCUCAUAUUUGAAAACACUGCAGUGUCCAGGAGUUGACCUUGGUGGAGGGUUUUCCUAUGGAGAGGUGAGAAUAGGGAGGCAAGCUCUCAGGAACCAUGUGGGAGUCAUGUUGUAGCUAACUGAAAAGAGGCAGAGGUGCAGGCUCAUCUGUGGCUCUGGAACUCUUCUGAGGCCCAGUUUUCCUCACCCAUCCUCUUAGGUAGCUUCUCCCCAAGAGUGGGGAUUGGAGCCUAGAGUCCUCCAAAGAAUCUUCACUGGUUGCCUGCACCUUUAGCUUUGCUGUGAUCUAAUUGGAGGAGGGGCUGGUUUCUGAUCCCCAUCCUCUGAUUAUACAUAUGCAUUCCCCUCACCCCUGGCCUUUUAGGUGGCCUCAGCCCCAUCCUCCAUAUCCCUCUGCAGUUUGCACUUUAAUUGAUGGUAGUUCAGUUGGAAUACUUAUUUUAUGGGGGAUCUGAUUGAUUUAUCUGCCCUCUCAUCUUUUUAAUUAAAUAGAAUCUGAGGUAUAAGGUCGGGGUGGGGGGGCUACAGAAAACAGUUCCAGUGGCAGCUACUCAAGCACAGUCUCCACUGCUAGCUUCUUUCUCCAAGUCUAAUUCUUAACCUUUAUUCUUGCCAAACUCACUCGUGUAUAUAUAGGUUUGCCUUUCUGGAGAAUUAACUGAACAACUGGGGAGUAGCUUAGGAUAGCAUAGGCCAAGGUAGGGGAGUAAAACAAGGUCAGGCAGAGGGGAGGAAUUUCCUCUCUCCAGGGUUCACAUUCAAUUUGCUAUCCAUUACCAUAUCUUUUCUACUUCCCUGUAAAUAGGUAUGAUCUUGAUUCUCACUGUAUCGUCUGUCCUACCCCCUGCCUCCCAUCAGGCCCUAUUUCUUUCCUCCUUUGUUAGUAUCUUGACUAUAGUUCUGUCCUUAUCCCCAUACCUACCCUGCCAUACAACCAGUGUACCACUAGGGGGUAGUACCACAGAAGCCUGAUGGCUCCCUUGCCUCAUAUCACCCAUUUCUGUGACAGAAAGCGACUAGCACUGAGGGUACCUCACAACUGUCUGAUGUCAUCAGAGGACCUUGGUCCUUUUUCAAAUCUCUAACCUCUCUUCACAUCUCUCAUCAGGUCUUUUAGGAUGUCUGUGGGAAACCAUCAAGGGAAGAGAGAACUCUUUUUAAGUUCCUUCUUGUUCCAGCCGAGAGAUUUGGGGAAUUUGGCAGAAGACAGACAGGAAAAGCCACAGUAAUAUAGGAUUGGAACUUUUCUGCCCUUUGGCUUACAGAUUGCCUUGGGUCCCAGAGCAGCUGAGAAAUCCGUAGAGGCUGGGCUUGUGAGGGACCCAGCUUAGGUUCUUCCACUUAGGCCACAGUUCCCUUCCUUUUCCAAGGGCAGCCUUAGUUCCCAUGGCCCUGAAACAACACAUACUUUCCCUUUUCCUAGAACUCAUUAACCCUCUCCCAAAGCACCGAAUGUAUCCUUCUUAUAAGUGGAAGAACUAAGGUGGCUCUCUUAAGUCUCUUAGAAAUGAAAUUCUUUCUGUGUGCAACCUUCUACAAGCAGAGCAAGAAUGAUGUUUCCGGCCUUGGGGCUCAGAAACCAUUUCCCCAGGCUGCUUCCUUCCCUUGCCGCCUUAGUGACAGUAUUGGCCUUAGCUUCCAGGCCUAUCUUGCUGCCUUCCCUCUACUUCUGACAGCUUUUUUGCCCUACUUUGAGCCCUACUGGACUUGAGGAUUUUAGUUUUAAAUUUCCUAGCUCAUCUUUUUUCUCCUGACCAGUUUUUUUUGUUUUGUUUUAGGGGAGGAGGGGUAUCUUUUUUUCUUUUUUCUUCUUCUAAGAAAGCAUUUGCCUUUCUUUUCCCUUCUUCCCCUACAUAACAAUCGUGGUAACAGAAUGCGACUGCUGAUUUACCGAUGUAUUUAAUGUAAGUAAAAAGGAAAAAAAAGAAAAGUG